UCAUUUUCAGGGAACCUCGAUAUGCCAAGCUGCUACAACAUGUGUCUUUAUUAUAUUGUUAUAUGUAUCUAGGGUUAUUUAUAAUCUCAUAGCAGUGAGUCCACUUCCUAUGCCAACAUUCGGAUUUAUGUGGAUAAAUGUCUCUGAUCAGGCAGAUGCAGUAGACCUUGAAGGAUAUAAAUAUAUUACAUUUGGAAUUAUAUUAUUUGUCUGGGAAUUAUUGCCAACAUUUAUUGUGGUUGUGUUCUUCAGAGUAAAAAGGCCUACACCGGUUCCAUUGAUGACAUCUUCUGGCAGUCCUGGCCACAACUAUCGUGAUUCACGUGCUUAUUUCUUUGAUAAUCCUCGAAGAUAUGACAGCGAUGACGAUUUAUCAAAAACUAACGCACCAAGAGACAUUCACAAUUGUGACAUUUCAUCACUUCCUAGAACACCUAUUAACAGCAUCACGCCGGCUGAGAGGGGUUACGGCACAAUUACAAGAAGUAGCAGUUAUCCGUCUGGUCAGUUUGCUGGUAUACCUGGUACAACGCCACCACUCUUAUUCUCAUCAGGCAAUGUAUUUUUAGGUGGCAAUACACCUGUCAAUGACUAAGAACAAUGUUGUAUUAGGUGAUUAGUUUGAUUGUUGGUAGUUACCUCCAGAACAGUUCACUUGCUGGAUUGGAUCGUUCAGGUACUUUCAAUCUGUUACUGGACUGUGAUAUGGUUUUUCAAUGCCCUUUAUUGACAAAUCUCGCUAUGAUAUAGAAAUAAUCGACUUUAGUUGGGUAUGUGGUCACUCGAUAGACUACAACAUCCUUCAAAAAUAGUAUUUUGAAUGAUAACAAAAUGUCACAGCUGUAUUCCAUCACUAGAGGGCGCUGUUACUUAUGGAAAGUUUAUUGGUUGCAGUCAAUCCAAAGUAAUUUGUGCCUGAUUGGUUACCUAAUCCUAACAGUCAGACCAAUCAGAGAGCAACUUCUUUGGUGACAGUUUUUUUUUUUUGACUUGUUAUGCCUUGUAUAUAUGCUUCAACUCAGUUGCAGUAUUAUAAGUUGCUUUUGGGGAAGUGGGAUUACCGUACUCGACCGUGAUAGCGCCCAGGGUCCUCAACUCAUAAAAUUUAGGGGCUUACCCGAGCACCCCCUCGGAAAAGAGUGCAACUGACAAUUUUAAUUCACUGUGUGACAGAUUGCGGGGAUAUUAUGUCUUUGAAAGUUUGAGGGAAAAUAAAAUUACGAAAUUAGGUGCGUCGUCAUUGACUCUUACAAUGAAGAAACAGAAAUGGUCAAAUAUGCACAUUUUAUUACAAUAUUAAAAUUUACGAGAUUAAAAAUAUUUGAGUCUGUUUGAACACAGUCAAAGUCAAAAUCUUCAUCAUUAUUGCCACUAACGUACGUGUCGGAUCAUACGCAAACUCUUGAUAAAAUGCACUUUCCGCCAUGAUAUAUUUGCAUUUGACCUGCAUCAAUGUCCUUUGACCUAAUGGGUUAAGUCUGUUAUUAUCCAAUCAAAAUGCUGUGUGGUACCGACGCAAUUCUUUGGAAAUUCUCGAAGACUCUGGUAACACAAUGCGGAAGUGAAUUAUCGAUGUCGAAGUACGAUCUAUUGGAAUUGAUUUUGGCGAAUAAACGACAUGUUUGUUUUUUUAAAAUGGUAACUAGCAAUUAUUAUCGGUAAACUGAAUACGGCAUGCAAUAUUUACUGCAUUUUACUUUUAUUAACAGGUCAUUGUCGAAGCGUAGUUUAUGCAUUGUUACCGUAGUCUAUGCAUUCACAACAUAUUCGCGGCAGUCGAUAUCCAUGCUGUAUCAUGAUACAAAAACGAUUACCAGUAUUCGUUAAGCAAUGAUCAAAGACCAAGUUUUAAAUUAUCGGCAUUGUGACCCUGAGUAUAAAAAUUGCGCAA